AUGUAUAACCGGAACGGAUCUCCUAAAACAUCGCGUCGGAAGCCAGGUAGCCGAGCCGUAUCAAAGAAGGUUGUUGAAAGAGAUGCCACUGUUUCCAUGCCGGGAAUCAAGUAUGACCGUGCGAGUAGAUUAUUUGACUCGGCGUUCGCUUUGGAGUCGGAAUUGGUUAAUGACGUCGCCAGCGAGGAAGAAGACGAACUCGGGAAGGAAAGCGAAAAGCCGGUAGCCGUUGUUGUUGCCGAUCCUCACAUUUCGUCUAAUGGCGAAGAAGUUGCUUCACUGGAUGUUGGUUGUAGUAAACAACAUAUAUUUUCUAGUCAGAAUUCGUUGUUGCCGUCUUCGUCCGGGGCAGUCGAUUCAGACGAUAGAUAUUUUGAUAAAUUGGACAAAUCUGCUAAUAGAGCUCAUCGGAAUUCACGUACCAGAGCCACUUCAAAGAAGGCAGUUGGACACGAUGUCAACGUUCCAACGGUGGAUAUUCCAUUCGACCGUGCAAGUAAAUUAUUCGACGCGGCAUUCGCUUUGGAGUCGAAAAUGGACGGUGACUCCGGCAGCGAUGAAGAAGAGGAACGUGGGCAUGAGAGCGAAACGCCGGUGGCCACUGUUGUCGGAGAUGGUUCCAUUUCGUUUCAUAGUGAAGAACCUGCUCCAUCGGGUGUUGGUUAUACUGAACAACAGAUGUUGUUUUCUAGACAGACUUCGUUGUCACCGUCUUCUUCCUCAGCCGUCGAUUCAGACGAUAGGUACUCUCCAGAACUGGGCAUCGACCCGCUGCCCAUUAGCAGGAAUGUGGCGACGAAAGAUCAGGAGCAAACAUUCAGUUCCCAGGGUUCCUUGACACUCGCCGUCCAACAAUUCCAAUUGGUUUCGCCGGCUUCUAAUAACCGUUCUAACGCUUUGCCGGAAUCAUCGUCGUCUUCUAGCCCCAAACGACGGCAGAAAGGUGACAAGUGGAAGAAAAAGAAGUUUCGGGGCGAUGAAGACGAAUAUGAUGAGGAUUCGCCCAACUCUGAGUCCAAGAGCGACGUGGAAAAGUGCGAGAAGAACAUGGCAUCGGGAAAAGGUAUGGCUUCGACGCGGGUUCCUGAAGAAGUUCAACAAAAGGAAAAGCUGCGCGAGUAUUUUACAGUCAUUCACAAUGUCCAGCAAGCAUAUCAAUGUCGCCAAAGCGGUGAAACACAAGAAUUUGCAGAUGACGUUGAAUACCUUCUGGAAACGAUGAGCGAUGCUAGUGUCACGGUCAAGUGUUUAAGUACGUUGUCGCUGCUCAACAAAUGCGUAUCCAGUCCGUUUCGUACGUAUUUAAAAGCCCAUGACCAUGUGAAUCGGUUUCUGCAGAUUCUUAAAGACUCGUCCACAGACAAGUCCCUGGCAUUGUGUACGGCAGCUUUCGUAUACAUGCUGGCACGUGAUCGCCUGAGUAUCGGCAUCAAUUCACAAAGUUUGUCGGUUAUCGUUGAGCUGCUGAAUUUUCCGAACGACGCACUGCACGACGACAGUGACUGCUACGGAGAUUAUGGCAUUCAUCGAAACGGGGUUUGGCAGGCGUUGUGCAGCUGGUUGAAGGAGGUGCAGCGACACAUGGGCGAAAACCAGAGGAUGAUGUUCGAUUUCACGGAGGAAAACCUAUCGGUAAGCGAGUCGGAUUCGAUUUUUCGUUGUUAA